AUGACGCAAAGCAGCGCACCGUUUGCAUCUUCACUAACUACCUUCAUCUACCCAAUCUCCGCUACCAUCCCCAUCACCAUCCCCCUCGGCUUCGCCGCCCAACUCCGCAUCCUCCAACAAACCCAACGUGACGACUCCCUCCGCAUCUCCGCCCUCGAAUCCGAAAACUCAUCCCUCAAAACCCUUACCGCGACCCUGACCUCUCAUAUCGAAGCCCUAGAAGCGCACAACGCAUACCUGGUCUCGCGCCGCCGCGAACUCGUCUCGCAGCUCAUCAACCUGCGCACGCUGAACCAAGAGGCGGACAACAUGUUUCAGAUGCGCAGCGUAGAUAUUCAGGGGGAAGAUCUGGAGGGUAUGCUGGGCGUGCAUAGUGCGAUGGUAGCGACGGCGGUGAGUCAUCAUCAGAGGGCGCUGGCGCAGUUGAGGGCGAGUAUGCAGGUUGGUGCGGCGAUGUAUGGGCAGCAGGGUGCAGUGAGGUAUGCGUAUCCGCCUGGGUACUCGGAGCAGGGGUAUUGUUUUCAGCAUAAUAUGCCGUAUUGCUGUCAGGUUUGUGGGAAGUGAGGGAGGGGGUGAGGUAUGUGUAUGACUGGGACUUUGUAUGUUUUGUAUGUUGAGUUUGGGGCGCCCGGGGUG